GUAUAUAGAGAGAGAGAAAGUUUAAGAACCCACACAUAGAGAGAGAGAUUGAGGGAGUGAGAUAUCUGUGUCGGUGGAGUUAGAUAUUACCAUGGCCUCAAAGCUUCUGUUGAUUGCUGUUUUUGUGUUUGAUCUCAUUGCCUUUGGUUUGGCCAUUGCCGCGGAGCAGAGGAGAAGCACUGCUGUUAUCAGACAAGAUCCUGAAGUGCAGUAUAACUACUGUGUGUAUGACUCAGACAUUGCAACAGGCUACGGUGUGGGUGCAUUCUUGUUCCUCAUGGUCAGCCAAGCCCUCGUAAUGGGAGCAAGUCGUUGCUUUUGUUGUGGAAAGCCUUUGAGUCCCGGAGGUUCAAGAGCUUGGGCUGUUGUCCUGUUCAUCUUCUGCUGGCUGUUCUACAUCAUUGCUGCAACCUGCUUGUUAGCGGGUUCGGUAACAAACGCUUACCACACCAAAUACAGGACCAUAUUUUCCGAAAACCCUCCCUCUUGCGAAACUGUGAGGAAGGGUGUUUUUGCAGCUGGUGCAGCAUUCACUUUUUUCACGGCCAUAAUCUCUCAGUUCUACUAUAUCUGCUACUCUAAGGCGAGGGAGAGCUUCCAGCCAUAUGGCCUAGACACAGGUGUGGGCAUGGGAGCCUACAAGUGAGAUUCUCUAUGGUGACGAAUCGAUUACCGUUUGAUAUAUGUCUGUGACUGUCUGCACCCCCGUACUUUGAUUUGUUUUAGACGUUCCAUGUUCGAUUUAGUUUGUCUUGGGUUGUAUUAUAAGUCAAUUAUUUUUGCUUGUCCUUGUUACCUUGCUAUUUUUUGUACUUCUUAUCAUAUACAAAACAAUAGGAUGUCUUGUGUAUUUUGUGUACCACUGAUGAAAAAUGUUGACAAAUUUGUUGAACAAGUUAUUGAAUUUUCAAUGGUACCGGUAAGCAUAUGCCAGGU